AUGCAGCUGAAAGAGUUUGCCGCACAAGACGGCGUGACGGGUUUCGGAAAUCCGGAAGACGCUGUGGUUCGGGCUGGAUGCAGCCUUCAUCGGGACGUGCACCGGGAAUUUCGGGAGUACGCCAAGACGAAGAUCACAUCGAGUGCCACCUGCGUCAUCAUGUCGACUAGGGCCAAGCUGGUCAAGAAGCGGGACCUGAUCAUCGCGCACCUGACUCGAUCGAAGAGUUUCCUCAAGGGCUACGAUGCGGCGACGCAACAGCAUCUGGUGUCUGUCCGGAUGGAAAAGCUCGAAGGAAAAUGGGAGGAGUUUGAAGCGUUGCAGCUGGAGAUCGAGGAGCUCGAGGACAAGGACUACGAGGCAGGCGUCUCUGCCGACGCGUCCAAGGACGAAGUGGAAAAGCGAGUGAAGCAGUUGGAGGAGAAGGAGCAGCAGCGAGAGGACAUGAUGAAGAGGUUUGAGGAACUGUACUACGAGGUAAGGGCAGGGUUGCUAGCUAGGAUGCCAAAGGUGGUUACGUCUUCUUGUGGUUCUACCGAUGGGACAUGCACUGCUGGCGUUCAUCUGCCCAAGAUUGAAUUGCCAAAGUUUAACGGAGAUUACGAUCUGUGGUUGCCUUUCCAUGACACCUUCAAGUCUUUGAUCCAUGACAACCCGGAUUUAAAGACCAUUCAAAAGUUCCACUAUUUGCGGUCAUGCGUGGUUGAAGAGGCUGAGAGAAAAAUUGAGAAUCUCCAGUUGAGCGAGAUCAACUAUGAGAUUGCGUGGGAUACUCUUGUCAAACGGUUCUCCAACAAGUAUCUCAAUAAGAAACGGCAUGUCAACGCGUUGUUGCACUUUCCGCGCGCGGAGAAGUUGACGGCGAGUGGGAUUCAUGAAGUGAUCGAUUGUUUCGACCGGUGUACGAAGAUCUUGGAUCAGUUGGGUGAGGCUUCGUCGGGCUGGGGAGUAUUGUUGACGCAGCUGUUGGUGUCGAAGAUGGACGAUGCAUCGCAGAAGAGCUGGGAGGAAGCGGCGCUGAAACUGGCGGACCCGACGUUCGGGGAUGUGAUCCAGUUUUUGGAGAAUCAGACGAGGGUUCUCGAAGCGAUUGCAGUCGAUCAGCAACCGAAAGUUCAGCGAUCGUCACCUGUGACUUCUGGCAAGCCAGCAAAGAAGCCCUUCCCAAAGCUUGUGGUGAAUGCUGCGACGGAUGCUGGCCCGCAGAAGUGUCCAGUUUGCAAGGGAUCUCACCAAGCUUCUUAUUGUCCGGAUUUUAAAAGGCUGUCGGUGGAGCAGCGGAUCAAGACGAUCUACGAGCAGAAGCUGUGCAAGAACUGCUUGCGUGUUGGACAUAGGAUGUGGACGUGCCCGAUUGCUGCACGCUGCAGUACGUGUGGUGGUAGGCACCACUCGUUGAUCCACCCCGAGAAGCCAGUGGGUGUCCGUGGUUCGGCAUCGAACAGGCCGGCCCCGGUGGUGCAGCAGGCUGCUGGUUCUAGCGUACCGUCAGCAGGGACGGGAACGGCCAGCACACCGCAGGCUCUGACGAGCUCUGUGGCAACCAUUUACGCUGCAAACGUGGCAGCGGAGACGAGGAGGAUUCACGUCUUCUUAUCGACGGUUCUCGUUUCGGUGAAAGACUGCAACGGAAAGUUGCACACGGCUAGAGCACUUCUUGAUAGCGGGUCGCAGGCAAAUUUGAUCUCGGAGCGGCUGUGCCAGAUGCUGCGAUUGCCCCGUAAGAAGGUCAGCGUACCGAUAUCCGGUGUCGGCAGCGCACGGAUGCAGGUUGACAGCUCGGCGUCGGCAAUAAUUGCCUCGCGCGUCUCGAACUAUACCGUACCGAUGGAGUUUCUGGUACUGAAACGAGUAACUGAGGACCAGCCGUCGGCAACGAUUGCCAUCGGCGAGUGGAACCUCCCGUCGGAUAUGGUUCUGGCGGAUCCCGGUUUCAACAAGCGCGCUCCGAUUGACCUGCUGUUGGGAUUGGAGCACUUCUACGAGUUCUUGCUGUUGAAUGGUGGUCAGGUGCAGAUCCAGCGUCCUGGUGAAGGUCUUCCGCUGUUUGUCAACACGGUUUUUGGUUGGAUAGCAGCAGGGAAGACGGACUUGGGAAGCCUCAACCCUGUCCCGAGUUGUCAUGUUUCGGUUAACGCGACCCUGGAGGAGAAAAUCGAGCGAUUUUGGACCAUCGAAGAGCUGCAGGAGGCACCGAAGCAGACACAAGAAGAGCAGGAUUGCGAGGAGCACUUCCAGACGACGUUUUCACGCGACACUACGGGAAGGUACGUGGUGCGGCUUCCGAAGCGCUUGGGCUUCGAGAAGAUGAUCGGCGAAUCCAGGGAUAUGGCGGUGCGACGAUUGAUGCAGCUCGAGCGCAGGCUCGGUAAAGACGAAGGGCUUCGGGUGCGUUACAGCGAAGCGAUCCACACUUAUCUCGAGCAGGACCACAUGAGAUUGGUAUCGGAGGAGGAGCUGAAGGGCGACACGCGCCUUGAGUGCUACCUUCCUCACCAUCCGGUGUUCAAGGAAUCGAGCACAACUACGAAGAUUCGACCGGUGUUCGAUGGUUCGGCGAAGACGACGUCAAAUCAUUCGUUGAAUGAAGCGCUCAUGGUGGGCCCAGUUCUCCAGGACCCGCUUUUUGACCUGGUGCUUCGUUUCCGGAAGAAGCAGGUUGCUCUCGUCGCUGACAUCGAGAAGAUGUACUUGCAGGUCAAGGUGCAUUCCGACGACACCCCUCUGCAGCGGAUCUUGUGGAGGCCGUCACCGUCGGAGCCCAUUCGGACUUACGAGAUGCUUCGGGUCACUUUCGGCCUGGCCCCAUCGUCGUACCUAGCGACAAGAUGUCUCCAGCAACUGGCGCAUGAUGAAGGUGAAGUGUACCAACGUGCGAGGGAAGCUCUGCUGCGGGAUUUCUACGUCGACGACUUCAUCGGAGGAGCGGAGUCCGAGGAAGAAGCGCUUUUGUUGCGGCAAGAGCUGGUGCAGCUGCUGCCGAAGGGCGGUUUCAGGCUGCGCAAGUGGGUGUCAAACGCCACAGGGGCGUUGGCGGGGCUAGCUGCGGACGAUCUGGGGACGCAGACCAAGCUCAACUUCGACCAGGAGCAGGUGAAGACGCUGGGCAUCAACUGGCAACCUGGGCCAGAUGUGCUGGGAAUCGACGUGUCGAGUUUGUCCGUGAGCGGACCGUGGACCAGAAGAAGGGUCUACUCGAUAAUCGCCCAGCUGUGGGAUCCAAGCGGAAUCACUGCCCCGGUGAUAUCAUGGGCCAAAAUCCGGAUGCAGCUGCUGUGGGUAGCGACGCAAGGGUGGGACGACCCGUUGGCGCCGGCGCUGGCGACACAAUGGACGGAAUUUCACCAGCAACUACCCGAGUUAGCCAAGAUAGCAGUCGACAGGUGCGCAUUCGUGGAGAAUCCAGCGCACGUCGAGUUCCAUGUGUUUGCGGACGCAUCGGAGGCUGCAUACGGAGCAUGCAUAUACGUUCGCUCAGUUGACCCAUCAGGACGGGUCAAGAUUUGCCUGUUGGCGGCGAAGUCGCGGCCUGCAGGUUUGAAGAAGGUCACUCUAGCAAGACUGGAGCUGUGCGCGGCUCUGAUGGCAGCGAGGCUGUACAGUAGAGUGGUCCAAGCUCUCAAGAUGGAGGGUACGGAAACUUGGUUUUGGUCAGAUUCGACAGUCGUGCUGGCGUGGCUCAAGUCGCCAUCGUACGUCUGGCCAACGUUCGUCGCGAACCGAGUCUCGCACAUUCAGGAGCUGACGAAGGGACAUCGUUGGAACCAUGUCAAGGGGACGGAGAAUCCGGCGGACCUCGUUUCGCGCGGCGUGAUGCCGAAGGAUCUCGUUGGACUGCGUCUGUGGUUUCAAGGUCCGCACUGGUUGGAGGCAUUCGAGGAGUAUUGGAGCAAGGCGAAGCACGAGGAGACCGAAGAUCCGGCCGAAGAACUGUUGGAGAAGAAGAAGAACAUUCUGGUGGUGUCGGAAUCCCCGGAACCUCACCCGCUCAUCGAUCGCUACGCGUGCUAUUGGAAGCUGCUGAGGAUCACGGCGUACUGCAUGAGGUUUGCUCGGAACUGUCAGCGUCGCAAGAAGCCAUCCACAACGUCGUACCUCACCGUCGGCGAGCUGAAGGAAGCCAAACUGGCGCUGGUGCGCAGUGAACCUUUCGCCACGGAGAUCAAGGCACUCGCGAACCACCGACUCGUGCCCGCCCAUUCGUCGUUGAAGCUGUUGAACCCGUUUCUGGAUCAGCAGGGCGUACUCCGUGUUGGUGGCCGGCUUAGACUCGCAGGCGAAUCGUUUUCCACCCGGCAUCCCAUGAUACUCCCCAACAGUCACACUUUCACGCGACAAGUAGCCGUCGCGUACCACGCAAUUUCCCUCCACUCUGGUCCUCGCAUGACGCUCGCUCAAGUUCGCCAGGAGUUUUGGCCGCUAAGUGGCAAACAACUGGCAACCUACACGUAUCGGAACUGUGUGCGAUGUUUCCGAAGCAACCCUGUCCCUGUCAAGCAACCCCCUGGUCAACUCCCAAAGCCUCGUACAACUCCCUCUCGUCCGUUCACCGUCACCGGUGUAGAUUAUUGUGGCCCGGUCUACCUGAAGCCCGCACACCGUCGAGCAGCUGCGCUGAAGGCGUACAUCGCCGUGUUCGUGUGCUUCAGCACAAAAGCGGUCCACCUUGAGCUUGUAGGGGAUCUGACGACCGCGGCGUUUCUUGCGGCCCUGCGACGUUUCGUUGCGCGCCGAGGCCUGCCCUCGGAAGUCCACUCGGACAACGGCCUGAACUUUCAGGGAGCUAGCAACCAUCUGCGAGAGCUCUACGAUCUGUUGCAAGACCCUACGGUGAUCGAGGAGGUCACCAACGAAGCUUCUCGUCGUGGCAUCGACUGGAAGUUUAUCCCACCGAGAGCGCCGAAUUUCGGUGGCUUGUGGGAGGCGGCGGUAAAGUCCGCCAAGACGUCGCUCAUCCGCGUGCUCGGCCAGCGACAACUCUCGUUCGAGGACAUGAUUACUGUCCUCGCGCAAAUCGAAGCAGCGAUGAAUUCCCGUCCGCUCACUCCACUUUCCGAGGAUCCGGACGAGUUGGACGUGCUCACACCAGGGCACUUUCUGACCGGAACGUCGCUGCUGGCGAUCCCAGAUCCGGACUAUUCGGACAUCCCCACGAACCGGCUGCAGCAUUACCAGCAGCUGCAACAACUGGUGCAGCAGCACUGGAAGCGGUGGAGGCGAGAGUACAUCUCGCAACUCCACAAUCAGAACCAGAAGUUCCCGCAAGCAACCCAGCUGAAGGCUGGCCAGAUGGUAGUCCUCAAGGAGGACAACAAGGCGGCAAUCGAGUGGCCUCUUGCCCGCAUCGUCGAGGUCUACCCGGGCCCUGAUGGCGUCGUCCGGGUCGUGAAGCUGCGCCUGCCGAACGGUGCUGUCUACAAGCGACAAGCAUCCCGAGUUUGCUUGCUGCCUUUCGAGAGGGACUCGAUCGGGCAGACUCCGAACGCCUUCAACCCUCAACCGUCACAAGGCGCACCGUAA